AGUCUCAAUUCUCAAAACUUCUCUCUCGUCCCAUAUGGCUCGCAUCGCAUGGCUCUCCGAUCAAGUUCCGUUCGCUGGGGAUUUGCAUCUCUGAUCAGCCUUCUCGAAGAGAUAAUUCACUGCAGUGUGAAUCGGCGAAUUUUCAGACGAGAUGGGACCUGGGGUGGGAUCAGCUGGCCCAGCUGAGGUUGUGGUCAAGAGCAGGAACUCCUCGGGUUGUUUAAUUGUUAGAAAGAAAGGAGAUGCGUUGCCUGGUGGGAUUGGUUCUUCAAGCUCUCAGAAGCUGUAUGAUAAAAAAGUGGCCAGGAGACAUAGUGUAGCCUCGAGUGAUUCAGGAUCAAGCGAUGAAUCAUUGAUGCCUCCAAGCAGAAGAAUGGGUCCUGAGACUGUUUUCGCCCGCAAUGGUUUGACUGCCUACCACCAGGGUAUGGUUGCAGGGAGUGAAUUUGGGAGAAAGAGGGAUAGAGUGUCACUAGCUAGGUUUAGCAAGGACCUCCUGCUCAAUAAGAAUGGUUUUGAGGAAAGGGAAAUAAAACGGAAUAAAUUGGAUGCAUAUGAUUCUGAUGAAUAUGAUGGUAUUCAUGUGGAAAAGACACGAAGGCAUUUCGAGGAUCACGGAGUUGGUUUUGGUGGAGGAAGGCACAUGGGAUCAAUGCAUGCAGGUAGAAGUAGCAUUGAAAAGGAAUUUGAUCCCGGGUCAAGCAGACCCAUUCUUGGCAAAAGAAAUAACCCUCAUUAUGACAGGGCUAGUGGCUUGCAUAUGGGAAGUGAUUUAGAUCAUAGCAGGUUUAAGAUGGAUAGGGAUGGACCUCAACUUCCGAUACCCUUGCUGAGAGAGAAGUUUGGUGGCAAUGGAGAUGAAUUCAUUAGGAUUCAGGGGAAAAAUGGUGUUUUAAAGGUGAGGGUCGGUAAGAAGGAGAUGGGUGGGCCAUUAGACCACUAUGAUCACUGCAAGCAUGUCGAAAGUCGACAGAGUUUGAGGAGCGAGGGCGCUGCUGCUAAGAGGAAAGAUCUGAUCCAUUCUUCAUUGAACUUGGAAACAGCACCAACUGGGAAACCAGGCUUAGUUCUUAGGCAGGAUAAAAAGAAGAUAACACCAAGAAAAUCAUUGUCAAGUAAGGACAGUAAAGGUGGCGCAUUGGAUUCAGAGAACAGUGACACAUCAUCAAACCUGGGACAAAAAAAUACUGAAGCUCGCAAGUCUAUGAAGAGGGCAAGUUCUGAGGAUGAACAGACUUCUUUGCAUGAAAAGGUCCCAACCACAAGAACAAAAGAAGGAAAAGCCAGGGGUGGUAGUGGCACGGAGAAGCAGAGACUACGAGAAAAAAUAAGGGAGAUGCUGCUAAGUGCGGGCUGGACAAUAGACUACCGGCCUCGGAGGAAUAGAGACUAUUUAGAUGCUGUUUAUAUUAAUCCAGGGGGAACAGCCUAUUGGUCUAUCAUCAAGGCCUAUGAUGCGCUUCAAAAGCAAUUGGCUGAUGUUGGUAAGGAGAUCAAGCCCAAUGGAGAUGGAUCUCCCUUUGCUCUUUUUUCAGAUGAGGUGCUCAGUCAAUUGACAAGGAAAACUCGGAAGAAGAUGGAGAAAGAACUGAAGAAGCAGAGACAUUGUAGUGAGAGUGAUAGUGAAAGGGAACCUCAUACUAAGAGAUCUGCUGGCAACAAGCAUCCUAUUCAUAGUUUUGAAUGUGAUGGCAAUGAAGAGAAAUUAAACUCCACUGUAAAGCAGGGGACUAAGUCAGUGAAAAAUAGGAUGACUGAAAAUGCUAUUUCUGGUGCUAGCUCUAAAUCUCAUAGUCCCAACCAUCAAUCAAAUGAGGGCUCAGAAAAACAACACUCUGGAUGUGAUCCCCAUCUGCCUUGGAAAGGAGAAGUAGAAAGCAUGGAAGACGUACUCUCUUAGUUUGCUGUUUUGACCAGGGGACUCGAUUCAGAACCUGGCUUUGUUCUAUAUACAGAAAAACUGACAGCGCUUUCUUGGUUCUAGGCUGUGUAAUUAAGCCAAAAACUGUAGCGUCAUAAGUAAAAGCAAGUAAUGCUGGAGGGAUGGAUGACAAGAGGUGGACUCAUUGUGGCUGCUGUAUUAUAAUUCUCACUUGUGGCUGCUAUAGUAUAAUCCUCACUGUUUGAAAGACAGAUUUGUGCUGGAAGCAAAUUGCACCAGUCAUUUCAAUACAUAUAUUAAGAUUCUGGAAUGUCUCUUCUACAAUGCCAGAUGGGUACAUGGGAUAAAUAGAUAUCUCACUCCCACAAGCACACCUUCAUGUUUCCACCCGUCCAUACCUCCUCCUCCUUGUUAAAUCAUCGCAAUCUCAUCCAAGUGGAUCCUUCAGAACUAUCUCAUCUUGUGGCUGGGUGGAACUCUCCGGUUCGCCUACGGCAACCUCACCAGCUGAUUCAUACCUGCCCCAUGCUCUUUUUCCUUCUUCGAGGAUUUCUAUCACUGAUUUUCUUUUUUGUAAUUUAUCAAGAAAUUUGAAUGCUCGUUGGGUCAUCUUCAUGACUAGGAACUGGAGAGGUAAUAGUCGAGGAAACCAAUGUACGGGUCAAAACAAACCAGGAUGGUUUUGGUUGCUGAUAUUAGAACUGGUUUACCCCUCCUUGAUCAUAUGCUAGAUUUUAGUACUUUCGACUCAGUUCUCAUAUAUGUUGGUGGCUGCUUUGCAUUUUGCUUGGCUUCUUUUUAUCUAUUUUAUUCCCAUCAAGGUAAAAUAGUGCGGGAAUUUAA